AUGAAUAUCGGUUCUUACGAACUCAUGAGCGGCAGCUCAGCAUACUUCACCUGUCCAGACAAUCCGGCGUAUGCUCUUGGUGCCAGUGAUUUCACCAUCGAAGCUUGGAUCAAGUCAUUCGAAGGUGGUCCUAUACUAGGAAAGCAAGUUUCUGGACGAGCUGGCUUUUGCCUCUCCGUGGAUCUUGGUAGUGUGACGUUAUCGACUAAGAGCUCGUCGGGACAGUAUGCAACUCUCACUGUCAACAACAUAGGAGUUUGCGACGGCACUUGGCAUCAUGUUGCAGGUGUAAGGGCGGGCAGCCAGUUACAUAUUUUCGUGGAUGGCACGGCGUUGUCUGGUACUAUGACCACAAGUGGCACUCCACCCUUGUCAAUCUCGUCUUCUGAUCGAUUGACUAUCGGAGCUGUGGAUGAUUCAGCCGUACCAAAGCAAUUCUUCGCCGGUGAGCUUGCUGAGAUACGGCUUUGGAAAGAAGCUCGCAAACUUGAGGAUGUGAACCAUCUCAUGGGUCGACGUAUCAAAGCGGGCAACCUCUCAGCAAACCUUAUCGGCUACUGGCCAGGGGAAUAUGGCAUUGCCUCCGACUUUUCCAUCACUCAUAAUGACACUUCCAGUGUAGGCAUGCCUAUGAUGUCUGGUUCUCAGCCGCCUCUUACUGUCACUCAACCCGACAUGACUUUUCUGUUCUCUGGCAUCUACGACACCUGGUCUCGGGACUUACAGCCCGAGGGAUCGUGGACUUCUCUCAAGCAGUUCUCACUUACCAGUGGUGGUUUCGUGUUAAUGGACAACAUCGUUCUUCAAAAUACUUCUAUCAAAGGGACAAUAAUACAGUGGCUAGCGCAGUCAGACUUACCCGGCAUGAGUCUGUCAUUCUUUGAUACUGGCUCUGAUCCCAACUUCUGGGAUUUGCCCCAAAAACGCUCUGUUAUCCAAGGGUUUGUACCCGGUUCGCCGAAAAUGACCAUCAUCAAAGGCUUGUUCAGGCCUAUGAGAGUAGGUUGUGGUCUGCUACUAAAUGUUGGCACAAGUCGAAUCCUCGCCAACCGCUCAGGAAAACCAGUCUUGGUGGACAAAAGUGCAUCUAGUCAUGACCACGUUUGCGAGUACGAGAAUGGUGGCAUUUUAGAAAUGAGCUCAAAUUUAGCCAUUCAAGCAGCAGCUGCUAGGCCUGGAGUCGCAGUAUCAUUUGAGACUCCAGCUUUGUCUUCCUUGGAGCAAGCCUGGACUUUUCAGCCAGACGGUACUGUGGCUCUGACAUCGAACCCGACAGUUGGACUCUCAGCUGGCGCAGAUCGAAUUACAGUCACCACGGCACUUUCGGAUUCCUCUGACGACCGACAAAAGUGGUUAGGGCUGAGCGACAGUCAAAGAAUUUAUAACGGCCAGAGCCAGACGAGCGUCAUCUCAGUGUCGGACUCGGGGAAUGUUCGUGUGGUCACAAAUUCUGAUGGAACCUCCAAGCAUCUGUGGUACACAUUCAGAUCAUCACUCAUUUCUGAAUCAAAUGCUCUAGCCUUGACUGUCACCGGUGCACCUCAAAAUGCCCGGGCUGGCACCGCCUUGAUCAUAGAUGUAUGGCAUCCAGGAAAUACCCAGCAACAAUUCGUCUUGAAUGGUUCCGUAUACGUUCAUAUUGAUAGCAAUUUAAUGCUCUCAGUACGAGAAGAUGGUGCCGUUGUUUUAGCAGACAUUCUGGACAACCCUCCUCCAACUGCAAAAUGGUCUCUCGGUCAGCCAGUUGCACAAGCCAACAUCACCGCUUCUGUGACGGAUAUAGAGGGUUUGGCCUUCGCUAAGGCUUCAAAUCCGUUUGACGUCGAGUACGUAGUAACGAUUGAGACGGGAGACUACAUAGCCGCUGGAACAGAUGACUCUGUUGACAUUUCUUUGACAUCAGGCUCCAAAUCACUUCCAUUUCAGCGAUUAAGUAAUUCCGAGUUGCAUGCUGACCCCUUUGAACGAGGGUGCAUGGACAUAUUCCGAUUCAGGGCACCCGAUAUUGGGCCAAUCCGAGGAUUCACCAUCAAGUAUGGCGCGGAUACCUGGUUCUACAGGGGCCGCUGGGUCGUAAAUUCUAUAUCAGUUACAGCAAGUGCCUACCGCGGCCAGAUCGCACAAUGGAACUCGUUAAAUCGGGAAAAUUUGCUAUUCGUGAUGCCAGCUUUAUACUCGGGCAGGUUUACAAUCUUCGAUAUCUCUGGGAAGGAUACCAUGAGCAUGUGCAUGGCUCCUGCACAAGAUGCGAUAGGAGGGUAUUUUGGCUGGUACCAUACUUGGAUUGAAGUUACCAAUCCUGGGAAACCUGUGGUCAAGACGUAUUUUGACUGUGCAGGUGGUCAUGGAGGGGAAGGAACGAUUGAUAACGUCAUUACUGGAUCUUGUUCGAGAGAGGACGCUGUGCUCAUGUCGACUGGGUUUCCAAUUGAUGCGAUACACCCGCUGCAAGCGACAUAUGGAACGAAUCGAACGGACGGCUAUCAGAAUGCCGGUGUUCGCGCAGACGGAAAAUUGAAGUGGGAUGGUCAAUGUCAUCAAAUGGCAAAUCGCUACCUCUGGGUUUGCAACCCACGAAUCUCCAUAGACGACGCAUUUCAAAAGCCCUACGGCUACCAACUUAGCGUAUGGGCCUUUGGCAAAUACGGCGUCGGUUUUACAGACUGGCUACGCAACUGCGGCUUCAAAGAUAUACCCGCAGAGACAAGCGACAACAUAUACACCUGGAUACAGACAGCCAUACCGGCAGUCAAUGUAGCAAGGAGUGUGUUUGCCGCCGCCCUAGCCUUCCAGUCGCUCUUUAGCAAGACUAGCACCCCAGAUCCGGAUGGGCCUGAAGUCAAAGACCUGCUAGGUAAGAUGAGAAGUGGAGGGGCGACGAUUCCACAGAUUGCGAAGGCUACGAACCUCACUGAGGACGCUGUGAAGAAAUUAUUACCGAAGUAA